AAUUAAAGGCAGGAGCAACAGUUCUCAUCAAUUCUCGACAGGCUUCCUUUUAGCGUCCCUACAGUACUCUGUACCCCACUGUCUUCGCGUGGAAUUGUGCAAUGUCCCCAUGCCUUUGCUCAUCUCUUCGUGAAGCAAGGUGAGGGCAAGGGCCACUCACCUACGGUACAGGCUACCGUACUUAUCCACCUAUUCACAGUUUCUUGCAGCCACAGGCUUGGUAGCUCCUACCAGUUCGUAGUUCUUAGAGGCUCACUUUUUUUCCUCGUUCCCCAAACGAAAGAAGAAACUAACUACUAGUAAAACAGCACUUGUGUUUUUAUCAUCACCAUGAGUAUCAGGCUCAACAAGAUGGGAGGCGGCAGCCAGCACAGAAGCUCUACUGGCAGCAGCGAUAAGGAGUUUUUCUCGGAUACCCUGUCCACCGGUACGUUUUCUGCGUGGGGGGGUGGGAGUAACAACGGCGAAAGUGCGGAUGAUAUGGAUGAGGAACGCGCCAACUACGAAGCUCCUGUGGUUGCCGCAAAGGAAGAAAAGAUGGUCUUGUACUCCAAGAUAGCUGUGGUCUUGGUCUUGUUGGUGGCUGUGGCAGGAAUGGCAGCGGGAGUCUACCAAUUGGUUAGCAGUCAGGAGCAGCAAGAGUUUGGAGAUAAGUUCGAGAGUUGGGCAUCCGAAGUGAUUGCCAUCUCGGCUGAGCACGUUACCACAACCUUUGAGACCAUUGAGCAGUUCGCCGUCACUGUGGCAUCCACUGCCAGAACCACCAACUCAGUCUGGCCCAACGUGACCAUUGAUGACUAUCCCUUGAAAGCUAGUAUGCUCAUGAAGUUGACGGGGCUCAGUUCGGUCACCUUGCUCACUCUAGUUAGCCCGGAAGACAAGCUAGGUUGGGAAGCCUAUGCCAGAGAACGGGUCCGGGACCUCAUCCAAGAAGACUUGGAGUUUUAUGGACACACCAAUGAGACCUGGGGAGCUGACAAUCUCACCAUCUACGAUGAAAUGAUGGUUCGCCAGGGUAGAGGUACCCCGCUCGCUCCGGUGGGAAACAACGAAACGAUAGGAAACUCCCUUCCACACUGGCAAAAAUCCCCCGUCAGCCCCACACGAACUGAUGCCUUAGCUUUGGUCUCCGUCUUGGGCAAUAAAUCUAUUCGGGACGGCUUUGAAACGAGCAAUGCUACCGGAAUUGCCUCAAUUGCAUUCUUUGCCGGCCUUGGUAUUCGCAGUCAAGUCGUGCAACCCAUUUGGGAUCAAGUUACACAUGGCAAGCUGGUCGGAGCCAUUUGGUCCUAUGGUGAUUGGGGUGCCUACUUUCAAAACUUGGUCAAUGUCCCUGCAACCCUCUUUCUGGUGGUCGAGAGCAGCUGUGGCUUUGUUUCCACCUAUGCCCUCAAUGGAUUGGAAGCCGAACUUUUAGGAUUGGAAGAUCUGCAUGAUCCAGCCUAUGAUGACAUGGUAGUUACAGGAGAACUCUUCACGCCGGUCUAUGACAGGAACAAAACACUGCCAGACGGUGUCUGUGUCCACGAUCUUGUCUUGAAGAUCUACCCUUCAUCAAACUUGGAAAGCACCUUUGUCACCUACACUCCCUUGUUGUAUGCUGGAGCCGUCGUUCUGAUCUUUGCUAUUACCAGUCUCAUAUUUAUUUUCUACGACCAAAUGGUCCGCAGACGCCAAGUCAUGGUCAUGAAGCGUUUGAUUCGGGAAGACCAAAUUGUUUCCAGCCUCUUUCCGUCGCAGAUCCGGGCCCGCAUGUACCAAGAUAACUCAGGCUCGAACGAUGACGAUGCUCGCUCCUUGGUGUCCAAGCGUCAUGUGGAGUUGUUCAAUGAAGACUUGGAGAACCCCGAGACCUUCAAGAGUGCGCCCUUGGCUGACCUUUUCCUGAAUACGACUGUCAUGUUUGCGGACAUUGCGGGAUUUACUGCAUGGUCGAGUGCCAAGGACCCAAUUCUCGUGUUUAUGCUUCUGGAGACUAUCUACUCGGCAUUUGAUAAGCUUGCGAAUAGAUAUGGUGUUUUCAAGGUUGAAACAGUGGGGGAUUGCUAUGUUGCUGCCGCUGGUGUCCCUGACCCAAGAAAUGAUCACCCUGUCAUCAUGGCAAAGUUUGCGAGAGCCUGCAUGAUGAAGAUGAAGACGGUUACGCAAAAGCUUGAGGUCACGCUUGGUCCAGAUACUGGAGAUCUCGCAUUGAGAGUAGGACUGCACAGUGGUCAAUGUACUGCAGGAGUUUUGAGAGGCGAUAAGGCGCGCUAUCAAAUCUUUGGAGAUACGGUCAAUACAGCCUCGAGAAUCGAGACCUCCAGCGUCCCAGGCAAAAUUCAUAUUUCCGACUUCACAGCUGAGCUCCUCAAGAAGGCUGGCAAGGGGAAAUGGUUGGUUCCCAGGGCAGAAAAAAUCCCUCUUGCUGGCAAAGGUGACAUGCAGACCUUCUGGUUGCUGGUGAGCAGGUAUCAGAAUAGAGAAAGCAUCAAGAAGCCAGCAGGCGAGGCCAUGAUGGCCAUUGACGAAGCUUCAGAGGCCGACGCCAGCCUCAGGGAGAUGGAAGAGCAGGAAGCAUCUGGGGACUCCAUGACCAAGAUGGAGCGGCUUGUGGAAUGGAACACGGAUGUACUCUGUCAGUUGCUUCGGCAAAUUCUGGCCUGCCGAACUGCAGCACCAGUGUCUGCUGCAAAGUUGGAGAAGACGAUUGGCCAGGGCCAGACAGUAUUGGAAGAAUUCCAAGCAAUUGUCACUUUGCCCAAGUAUUCGCGUGAGGAAAUGGCAAAGCGAAAAGGUCUGAAAGAGGUUGACAUUGCCCCUGUGGUUGUUGACCAACUGCGUGACUAUAUCACCAAGGUAGCGGGGAUGUAUCGCAGCAACAGCUUUCACAACUUCGAGCAUGCAAGCCAUGUCGUGGCGUCUGUGCGAAAACUCCUCACUAGGAUCGUUGCGAGCAACUCUGGCGGUGAAGGCCUUGGAGUAGAUGCUGGGCAUUCUUUUGGGAUAACCGCUGAUCCUCUAACUCAGUUCGCGGUUGUCUUCUCCGCUGUAAUCCAUGAUGCUGACCACCCUGGCAUCCCCAACACACAAAUGAUCAAGGAGGGGAACCCCCUGGCAUCAAUGUACAAAGAAAAGAGUGUGGCUGAACAGAAUUCGGUCGAUUUAUGCUGGGAUUUGUUGAUGAAGCCCGAGUACAAAGACUUGCGCAAGGCUAUCUACGGCAACCCUGAGGAACUGCAGAGAUUCAGGCAGCUUGCGGUCAACACGGUCAUGGCGACCGAUAUUGUGGACAAAGAACUCCAAGCAUUGAGAAAGAAUCGUUGGAACGAGGCCUUCUCCGAGAAUGCCCUGGACGACGGCAGCAACCGGGACCUUGAGGUCGAUAGAAAGGCCACCAUUGUGAUUGAGCAUCUUAUUCAAGCCUCCGAUGUGUCUCACACGAUGCAACAUUGGAAGAUCUAUCUCCAGUGGAACGAGCGGUUCUUCUUUGAACUGUACAGAGCCUACAAAGAAGGGCGCGCGGGUCAGGAUCCAUCCAUUGCAUGGUACAAGGGGGAGAUUGGAUUUUUUGACUUCUAUAUCAUUCCCUUGGCCAAGAAGUUGGAGAACUGUGGUGUCUUUGGGGUUUCCAGCCAUGAAUACUUGAACUACGCCCAGGCCAACCGAGACGAAUGGGUUCGCAAAGGGGAGGAUGUUGUGGCAGGAUAUUUGAAAAAGUAUGCCGAGAGUACCAAGGAAGAGAUGGGACUUGCUCAUGUUUUCGCUGACGAAGUGGCGAACAUGGAUGCGUCUGGUCUUUCAGUGUAG